AUGUGCAGUGAAAUGGGGGACUUCAGAGUGACCGGUGCGACUCGACUGUAUUUUAUCUUGUUUUGUACAAUUGUUAAAGCUGUUAUUAGUACGGGCAUGGGAAAAUGUCCGAUAUACCCACAGUUCCCGAAUUUUGAUAUGACAAGGAUGACGGGAGCGUGGUACGAGGUGGAGAGAUCUUUUCAUUUAAUAGAGAUCGCGGCAAGUUGCACCGAAAUACAUACCAGUAUCAACGAGAGGGGGUACUUCGUCAUCAACGUACACACUACCAAUAGAUGGACUGGAAACCCAUCAACAUCUUAUGGACUUGGAAUUCCUAGUCACACGGGUUCCUCUGCCUUCCGUUAUAAACUCAAUAAUCGGAUGCCGUACGUCAUUGGACGUAUGCUACCAGGCGCCGGACAGUACAACGUACUAUUUACAGAUUAUGAUAAUUUCGCACUCAUUUGGUCCUGCACCAAUUAUAGCAUUGCACAUUCAGAUCGCAUAUGGGUGCUAGGCCGAGAACGCGAAAUCGACGCUACUCUUCGUGCGCAAAUAUACGCUAUCAUGCAAGAACUGAACCUAGACCCCGAUCGACUAAUUAUCUCUAAGAAUAACAAUUGCACCAGUGUGCCUUAUAGUGACACACAAUAUACGUAAACCUUACAUAAAUUAUGAUUAUUUUUUAUCAAAACCUGUAGUUUAAGAAAUUUAAAAAAAAACGCUUAAUAGGCCACAGGUCCACAGAUAAGUUUUUUUUAACAUAAACAAAUGACACAAUUUUUUUUGGCUUAGUUUCUGUAUUAAUAUGGUUUUAAAGGAAACAAAAAUGUAUUCUGUAAAAAUAUUUAUUUACAACAAAUAUUGCAAGUUAAAAGCAUUGUAUAAAAAUGCAAUAAACUUCAGGUAACAUGAACUGUGAUGUUUCACUUAAAAUUUUAAACUAAAACAAGAUAAUAAUGUGCAGCUGUAUUGUGAGGUAAUAAUAAUUUGGCUAAGAAUAUAAAAUAAAUAAAAAUGUAUCGCUCACAUUACCUAAGUUUAAAAACAAUAAUUCUUCAAGUAACUUGUUAUGUAAUAAAAGAGUACAUAAUAAUUAUGUGAAAAUAUAUAACAUGAAAAUUAAACCUUUGAUAAUAAUGUGAAUUGCUUAUUAAAUCUGCAAUAGUUUAGCAUAUUGUUAUCAAAUAGAAAGUUUUGUGUACUAUUUAAAAUUAUAUAAGAAUAAAAUAAUAACUAUGUAUUAAAAAUAUAAGUUGGUCCUACAAUCUAUGCAGUAAUUUCUUUACAAGGAAUGGAAGACAAAGUUCAUGCAUGCCUUAACUACAAAAGUAAAUACAUUGAAUAUGUUGAAACAACUGUUUUCACGAAUGUUUAAUUUAGACUCAUAGCACACACUUCUACUUGACGA